AUGGUACGCCUGAUCUUAGAACAAGUCGACAGUGAAGCCGCGCUGAUCAAUUUAGAUCAGUCCAAGGCCUUCGAUAGGGUUGACCAUCGGUUUCUGGAGGCUGUCCUUUCGGCGGCCGGUUUCGGAGCCGACUUUCGCUCCUGGAUCCGACUCUUGUAUGCGACCCCGCCUUUCCUUCGCAAGUUAAAGGCGAAUCCGGUCCUACGCGGUAUUUCGCUGCCUGGUGCUAACACCUCGGCCAGGUAUUCUGCCUAUGCUGACGACGUUUCGGUUCUUGUGUCGAGCAGAGCCGAGAUUAACGAAGUCAGUAAGCAGAUCAGUGGGUAUGAGAUGGUGACAGGGGCCAAAAUCAACCGCGAUAAGUCUGUGGGCUUGCGGUUGGGUGCGUGGAAGGGAGUUUCUCUUCCCGGACCUUUCCUCUGGACGGAUGGGCCGAUCAAGAUACUCGGCGUCUGGUUCGGUCCUGAUCUCCAGUUGGAAAUGAAUUGGUCGGAGGUACAAGGGCGGGCCGAGGCCGCGGCUAGUCUGUGGUCUCGGAGGAGACUUUCCCUGAAGGGAAGGGCGGAAGUUUGUGUUUCACACAUCUAUCCGAUCCUCCUCUACCGUCUUUCUGUGCUUCCACUCCCGUAUGCCCGACUAAUGUCAUUAGUCAAGGCCUUGUUCUCUUUCUUGUGGAGAGGCAAGUCCCAUAUGAUAUCUCGCGAGUUCUGUUGCCUUCAUCCCUCUGAGGGCGGUCUGGUUAGGGGGUCCGUUCAAGAUGGUCUGAUCGACGAGCUCGGUCUUACGAAGCAGGAGGCUCGCUCGGUAUGGCCUUGGGCGCCUGGGUUGAAAUGUCUCAAUAACGAUGAGGCAUCACUCACCUGGCUGAUGAUUCAUAAUUUAUUUUAUUUUCUCUCUCUCUCUCUUUCUUUCUCUCUCUCUUUCUCUCUAUCUCUUUCUUUCUCUCUUUCUCUCUCUCUGUCUGUCUCAGCCAAGGCUAACUGGCUUAAUAAUAUCCAUAUUGUUUAA